AUGGCGGGAAUGCCCGGGCUGGGCAACAGCGUCGGGGCGGGAGAGCUGCGCGACAACACACCAGAUGCUAGCAACAGGUCGUCUAGUAGUGGAUCCAGACGAGGUUCUUCGCCGCAACGAGCUCUGGAACAAGAAGUAGAUGUAUGCUGCCAUCGGCCUGUUGGCAAUACAACUAGACCUCGGCUCUCCAGCUACGACGCGGACUAUCAUGACAACAGCAAAGUCCCAACUAUGGCAUCACUGAGCGGCAGUAGUGUGGUGACGCACACAGCGCCCUCUUACGAGGAACAGCGCGCCAGUCCGGCACUUUUAAGUCGUAACACCAGUACACCGGGAGGCCGUAGUCUACUGCGAGAUGACGGUUAUUGCUCCGCCGGCAGUACACCGCGUGCUUUCGAUCAUAAAUCGACAAAGGGAUCCGUAGUAACGUUAUCUUGUUACAAGAGAGAACCUAAAGUCCAGAUAGAGGAGGAGGGCUAUUACAACGAGGCGAAGAGGAUUAGAGCCGACAGUAUUAAACCGGAGGCGAGUGAUGGACGAGAGACUUGGGGCACGGGAGCAGACUUCCUUCUAUCUAUCAUAGGUUUCGCUGUUGACUUAGCCAAUGUCUGGCGAUUCCCUUACCUCUGCUAUAGAAAUGGUGGCGGAGCAUUUCUGAUCCCCUACAUGUUGAUGCUCAUCUUUGGUGCGGUUCCUCUCUUCUAUAUGGAACUCAUACUCGGCCAAUACAAUCGACAAGGUCCGAUCACACUAUGGAAGAUUUGUCCACUCUUCAAAGGUGUAGGGUUUUGCGCUGUUAUGGUCGCUUUUUACGUGUCUUUCUACUACAACGUAAUAAUUGGUUGGGCGUUCUACUUCCUUGUGUCGUCAGCGACAUCAGAGCUGCCGUGGUUACACUGCGACAACGCAUGGAACACCGAUCAAUGUUGGGACGCUGCGAGGUCUAACACCACCAAUCGUACCGACAUCCCUUACCAUGGACCACUGUCUCAUUUCACACCGGCUUCUGAGUUUUUUCAUCGAGCGGUAUUGGAGAUGCAGCAUUCAGAAGGGCUGAACGACUUAGGCCUGCCGAAGUGGCAGCUGGUCGCUUGCCUCGGUGUUGUCUACAUCACAUUAUACCUUUCUCUAUUCAAAGGCGUUAAAAGCUCUGGCAAAGUGGUGUGGCUGACUGCGACAAUGCCUUACGUGGUGUUGUCAAUUCUGCUGGCCCGUGGACUGCUUCUGCCGGGAGCUGCUCGAGGCAUCGCUUAUUACUUGCAGCCGGAGCUCAGCAGGCUCAAAGAUACGCAGGUGUGGGUUGAUGCAGCUGUCCAAAUUUUCUACUCAGUAGGAGCGGGUUUUGGGGUCCAUCUUUCUUACGCUAGCUACAACACAUUCCACAACAAUUGCUACAGAGACUGCCUGGUAACAACUCUCGUCAAUUGUUUCACUUCGUUCUUCUCUGGAUUCGUCAUCUUUACAUACUUGGGAUUUAUGUCGUACAAGCAAGGGGUACCUAUAUCGUCUGUUGCUACUGAAGGACCUGGUUUGGUGUUCCAAGUGUACCCUGAAGCUGUUGCUACGUUACCCGGUGCUAGUUUAUGGGCGAUGCUGUUCUUUUUCAUGCUGAUAAUGCUUGGACUUGAUUCCGGGAUGGGCGGCCUGGAGUGUGUGAUCACAGGACUGUUGGACCAGGCCCGCGCGUGCGGUGCCACACGGCUGAGACGCGAACAUUUCACUCUCCUUGUCGUCUGCGUUUCUUUUUGUGUGGCAUGCAUCAAUGUUACUCCCGGUGGUAUUUACAUGUUUCAUCUCCUGGACACCUAUGCUGCGGGAAUAUCUCUACUGUGUUCUGCUCUAUUUGAAGCGUUGGCGGUAUCCUGGUUCUAUGGUUUGGAGAGAUUCUCUGAUGAUGUUGAAGAAAUGCUUGGCUUCCGACCAGGAAUCUAUUGGAGAGUGUGCUGGAAAUUUAUCAGUCCGACAUUCAUUAUUGGUGUGGUAGUAUUCGGUCUUCUCUACCAGCAGCCGCUGCAGUACCAGACGUAUAUGUACCCACAGUGGGCGGUGGUCCUAGGCUGGGGACUCGCCUGCUCCUCCAUUCUCAUGAUCCCGCUCGUCGCGCUCUACAAGAUCGUCAGAACUCCCGGCACUUGUCGACAGCGUUUAGCUUGCUGCAUAUCACCAGAAUCUGAACAUGAAGCGAUUCGAGGCGGAGCUCCUGUUAGCCGCUUUACUUGGCGACACUGGCUCUACGUAUAA